GUGUGCAGCAUCUUUGAACGAUUCGUUACCGAACGGAAGAGAUUCGCCGUAAUAUCUGUGUUCAGCAAAAAUGACGAGAGCCUCAAAUUCCGGUGCAAUUUCCCAUACAAAACCGGACGCCAGUACUGGUCGUUUACUAGAUAUCUCAAGCGGAAGGUGGCGUUUGUGGCGAAUCCGAAAUGGUCGAUGAACGUUGUGAAAUACUUGGUCGUGUAGUUGUAUUUGGGGUCCUCACGAAGCUCGGCUCGCAUCCAUUGGCGAGAAUGACUGGAUAAUGAGUAGGGGAGGAGACAGUAAACUGUAGCAGUUACAAGCGACGCAAUCACGGAAGAUUUCAUGACUUAUCGAGCACUAGCUGCACAUGCGCAGUACCUACAUGUGUUUGAUGUUUCUAGAUACGAAGCAGCAUGUUUGUCCUCGUUGAAAUGAAGGACACCGUGAGGAUAAAACCACAUCUGUUUGGGCUGGACAGAACAGAGACGAUAUCGACGCAGUUGAAUAAGAAGUUUGCAAACAAGGUAAUACAUCAGGUUGGCUUGUGCAUAGCCUUGCACGAUAUUACGAAAAUUGAAGAUUCCUAUAUUUUACCAGGAGAUGGCGCUUAUCACUGCAAAGUUCAUUUUCGAUAUGCUGUUCUCAGACCAUUCAUAGAUGAGGUUAUUGUCGGCAAAGUACGAAGUUCGAGUCCAGAAGGAGUUAACGUGUCUCUUGGGUUUUUCGAUGAUAUCCUUAUACCUGCAGACUCGCUUCAACAUCCAUCUCGAUUUGACCAAUCAGAGCAAGUUUGGAUUUGGGAAUAUCAGACUGAAGAUGGUUGUCACGACCUCUACAUGGACGUCAGGAAAGGCAUAAGAUUUCGAGUUGCAGAAGAAAUUUUUGUCGACGUUUCUCCAUCGGCACCAGAGGCAAACGAAGCAGCAGAAAAGGAAAAACGAGAAAGAGAGUCGAGGCAAUCACCAUACACCAUAAUAGGAUCAGUCAGUGGACCCGGAUUGGGACUACUUGAAUGGUGGCAGAGCUAGUCCAAGUUACUGUUUUAUAUAUAACAAAGCCAGUGAAGAGUUAGUGUUCUACCAAGGGCUCUACACUGUAGUUCAUGGAUUCGGUUGAUGUUCUGUCGUGAAAAUUAUUGAAAUCAUUUUUGAAAACUUGAUCAAGAGUUUAACAAUCUUUGCAUAAGUCAUAGCUACCAACACAUUAGAAAAGCGGAUAUAAGAAGAGUGACUGUAACAUGGCAGACUUUCAAACAAGAUUACAACACUUACUGAAUGGCAUUUUGUUGUAAAUAUCAUGACUGUUAUCAAUUAGAAAUAAGAACCCAAUUAAUACAAGAUUUCUACUGUGGUACGAUCUAUAUUUUAUGUAAGUAAUAGCGUCUUGGUCGUCAUGUUAACAUUCAGACCAGCACCAUCGAUAUAGAUGUUAUUGAUUGUGUCACUAUACAGUCCUUUACUACAGAUGAUAUA